AUGAGCGAGCGGGCCGGCAGCUGGCGGUGCGCGCAGUGCGGCGCGGCGUGGUCGCGCGCGGCGCUGGCGGCCGAGCACGUGGCGCGCGCGCACGGCGGGCCCGCGCCCACGCACCGCUGCCGCCUCUGCGGACGCGACGAGCCGACUCUAGCGAAAUUGAGGAACCACGUGAAGGACCACGCGGCGAGGCCCGAGUGCGAGCUGUGCGGGAAGUCCUUCCGGGACAGGACCUCGCUGCGGACUCAUUUGUUCAUCCACAAAGGCGAAAAGGAGUACGAGUGUCCGAGGUGCAACAAAAAGUUUUUGUUCAAAAAGGCAAUGGAAGUGCAUCUGGUGACGCACGACGCGAGCGCGCUGUUGUAUUGCCAUUUGUGUGACAAAAACUUUAAAAACAAAAUGUCGUACAAUCAACACAUGAAAUACAAUUUAAAACACAUAGAUCCGGCGAAACUUAAAUACGCGUGCCAGCAGUGCCCGAAGCGCUUCGCGAAGGCGUCGCGCCUCCGCGAGCACCGCCUCGCGCUGCACCUACGCCUCGCGCCCGUGCGCUGCGCCCACCCCGGCUGCGCCUUCGUCACUAAGGCCCCCACUGACCCCGCCCCGUGCCCGCAGGCGUGCGCGUCGCGCACGGUGCUGCGCACGCACACGCGCAUGCUGCACCGCGCCGCGCGGCUGCUGCGCAACCACGUGUGCCACCUCUGCGGCAAGGCCUACACCACUAAGAAAUGUCUAGAGGGCCACCUGCGCUCGCACAGCGGCGAGCGCCCCUUCCGCUGCGCCAAGUGUCCCGCCGCCUUCGGGUACGAGGCCGCGCUCUACAACCACAACAAGCUGGUGCACCUCAAGCCUAAGUCUACUCGUCGCACGGCAGAGUGGACCGGCGUCGCGCAGCCGCAGCCCGCCAGUGAACAGACGACG